GGCGGAGGGAUCUGAUGUGGACCCUCCAGGUCAGUCAGCCAAUGGCCGUUCAAAUGCUCUUUCCCAAACCCUCUGCUAUCCCUCUUCAUCCUCAUCAUCUAAAAUUGUGGAUCCAGCAAGUUACACACCCUCCUCAUCAUCUGCAACCCCACGUCGCCCUGAUCUGGACUUGGGGUAUGAACCUGAGGGCUCAGCUUCGCCAACUCCACCUUACCUGAAGUGGGCUGAGUCACUUCACUCUCUCCUAGAUGACCAGGAAGGCAUCCAGUUAUUCAGAAACUUCCUCUGCCAGGAAGGGUGUGCAGACCUUCUUGACUUCUGGUUUGCCUGCUCGGGCUUCAGAAAGACCAGCCAAGAGAAGAGGGCAAAGCUAGCCAAGGCCAUCUACAGGAAGUACAUUGUAGAUGGAAGUGGGAUCGUUUCAAGGCAGAUCAAAGCAGCCACCAAGAGCUUCAUUAGAGACUGUGUAGGAAGGCCACAUCCAGAUCCUGCCAUGUUUGAACAGGCCCAGACAGAGAUUCAGGCCAUGAUGGAGGAGAACACCUAUCCUUUGUUCCUUAAGUCAGACCUGUACCUGGAGUACACACGGACAGGAGGAGAGAGCCCCAAGCCUAACGCUAGUGAUCAGAGCCCUUCUUCGGGGCCAGCCAAACCUGUGCCUGGGUACCUACCUACACUCGCUGAGGAUGAGGAAUGGAGGUGUGGAGGAGGAGGGAGGGAGGUGGACGAAGAGAAAGAGGAGGAGUGUGGAGACACACCAGCUGGUAGGCUGACUCACAGCCUGCUGAUGCAGACAGUACCACAGAGAGCCUCAGCCAGCAGGCGGAGGCAAGACAGCAGGGAGUACAGACCAUGGAGGGAGCCGGUAAACCCGUACUACGCAAACAUGGGUUAUGCUCGGGCUCCAGCAACUAGCGCUAAUGACAGUGAGCAGCAGAGCAUGUCGAGUGAUGCCGACACACUGUCACUGACCGACAGCAGUGUAGAUGGUAUUCCUCCAUACCGAUACCGGAAGCAGCAUCGUAAGGAGAUGCAUGAAAGUGCCAAAGCCAAUGGACGUGUGCCCCUACCUCAUAUACCUCGCACAUACCGCAUGCCAAAGGACAUCCAUGUAGAGCCUGGGAGGUUUGCUGCAGAGCUCAUCAGCAGGCUGGAGACGGUUCUCAGAGAGAGAGAAGCUCAGGAAAGACUCGAAGAGAGGCUGAAACGAGUACGACUGGAAGAAGAGGGCGAGGAUGCUGAUAGCUCCAUGACAACCUCUGUAUCUUCUCAUAGCAUACCACUCCCCCUCUCCUCAGCGUUUCCACCUCUCUACGGCGCCCGUUAUUCAGAGACCACUGCUACCACAGCAACAGUUGCCACUUACGGCAGCCUGGUUGCCAUGGAGGACACCCAUGAUGACGACCCAGAGUCUAUUUUGGAUGAGCAUGUAUCGCGCGUGAUGAAAACACCAGGCUGCCAGUCGCCAGGGGCAACCAACAGCACCUUAGGAGGAGGGGGUCGACACACUCCUCCCAAAUCAUCACGCUCGCCUGAUGGGGGUAUCGGACCACCUCACUACCCUCAACACCGAGGUGGAGGUCACAGUCUGCCUGCUGCCGGUGUCAAAGGUAUGCAUCACCAUAAGCAGCUGUAUCACCACAGAGGAAGAGAAGGGCAAGAGGAGGCGGGCUCUAGGUCUCAGCCUAACUUUCUGUGGAACGGUGAGCCAGCCAUCCAGUAUCCAGGGAGAAGUCGAAACUACGCAGAUGGGGCUGGGGCCAGCACACUUGAGGGUGUGGGUUACGGUAGUAAAGGCAGUACGCUGUCACGGCGAGGUUGUAAGAAGACUUCAGAGACAUCAGGUAAAGGGGAUGACAGUGGGCAUGGUUUGGAGGCCCAGGUACCGCUGGAGGAUCGGGAGAGAAACCAGAAGAUCCUGCAGUGGAUGAUGGAGGGAGACAGACAAAGGAAGAGCUCACAUGGCGGCAGCACAAGUAGCUCUAGAAGGAUGGGAACCACCAGUGAGUCACCACGUCCGACCUCAGUGGAGCGACCUGGAGCCGUGCACCCCUGGGUUUCUGCCCAGCUCCGUAACAACCCCUCUUCGGUGUCCGCCACCAUCCCUGGCUCAUCGUCCACCCAGGUCCAGCCCUCGCACCCUUUCAUCCAAGACCCAGCUAUGCCCCCCAACCCAGCUCCUAACCCCCUCACCCAGUUGGAGGAGGCUAGGAGGAGGCUGGAGGAGGAAAGGAGGAGGAACACACUACAGCAGGCCAAGCAGAGGCACAAGUCUGGUAAGCGCCAAGUGUGUGACAACAUGACUGUUGCAUACUACUUUUGUGGAGAGCCAAUCCCAUACCGCACAUCAGUCAAAGGGCGCGUGGUGACUUUGGGCCAGUUCAAGGAGCUGCUUACCAAAAAGGGCCACUACAGGUUCUACUUUAAGAAAGUGAGCGACGAGUUUGACUGUGGUGUCGUGUUCGAGGAAGUCCGUGACGACGAUGCCAUCUUGCCCAUCUUUGAGGAGAAGAUCAUCGGGAAGGUGGAAAAGGUUGACUGAACUUUGGGAUCAGGAAGAUGGAACCGAACUGCAAAAAAGAUCAUUUGAAAAGAGGAGAUGGGAAGGUGCAUUCAGGUUGGAUGGAAAUUCAGCUGUGAGAAAACAAAUCAAAGAAAGUAGAAAGCUGGAAGGAACGAUGUGUGACAGAAUGGAGAUUGUGCUGCAUGGUAGGAAGUCAAGUAUUAAGAGGGCGGUUAUUUUCUAUGGACUAUCUGAACAUCUGCAUCAGCGCCUGGAUCAAACCCACAUAAAUUGAAGAAGUUUAGCCAGAUGAAGCAGGAGCGGAGGAAAGGGACAUAAACAACUUCACCUAUCUUGUCUCCACUGUGGAUAUUCAAGCCGGGUUGUUAAAAUCUGGUGUCUGAUCAGUUUCUCACUUCCACUGCGUUGGAUAGAAAGGGCUGAGAGGACUGCAGGAAGGAGAGGGAAUAAAGUAGUCUUCCACUUCUGCUCUGGAGGAGUGUGUCCUCCACAGACCAUUAUGAUGCUGCUACAUUACCAUGAAAACUCUUCAAUCGGUGCUUGGGACAGUAAAGCAGGCAGGUUUUGUUCCAUUCUGGAGCGUUUCUGCCUUUUGCUGUCUCUGUUGCUCAUCAGCUGGUGACAAGGGGAGAGGACAGGGGAUUUGGGGGAGUGGAAUUUCUGGCCUGCUUCUCCUCUCACUGACUUCAUAGCCUCAACACAGAGAAACUGUCUCACCCUUGGUUUAUAGAUGUCAUGUAGUGAUCUCUCAUGUCAUCGUGUUCAGACAACAGUUCUCUACAAAACUUGUUUACCAAAGCUACAUAUUUUUGAUAAGACAAGUAUCUUAGUUACUUGUUUUCAUUUUAUUUGAAUUGUAUAUGUACAAGGCAGGUACUAAUUUUAAUGCAGCCUAUUUUUGUCAUAUCUCAACUUGUUGUAUCAUGUUGUAUGUUUUGAAGCUAGUUCAUUGGUCAUUUCAGGGCAGCCAUUUUGUUUGUUUGUCUCCUCAACACCUUUGCUCCUCAGUUCUGUACUGUUUACCUAUCAGUGUGCAGUUCUGUUCUGCACAACAGAUUUGAAAUAUAGAAUAACUUUGUUCCACAAGCAGAAAUUCUCACAAAGAAGGGAGGCACAUUAAAGGUCUGCCCUCUUUGACCACAGUGUCUGUUGUUUUUAAACAGGCCAUGCUGGACUCUCAUGUACCUGCUAACUUUUCUGCUAUACCAAGAGCCUGUGUACGCAUCUCCAAGCUCAGUCUAGGUACCCGCCUGCCUGGCCAGUGCCAUUACUAUCUAGAAUGCUUAUUCUGAUGCGCGUUGGUGAGUGUGAAAGCCUGUCAGCCGUAUAUGCCUCAACUUGGCCAAAGAGCAUAUUGUGCGUCCCAUAUUUCUACAUACAAAUCCGUGCAGCCUAAGUUCAUGCGUACUAAUUGUAUUUUUUCAUCAUGAGCAAAAAGCAAUCUCUUCUUUCUCUUAAAGGUUCCCACAUAUCAACCAUUGUAACUUAACUUUGAGUUUAAAAUCUGGAGCGUAUCUUAAAAGAAUAGUUUGACACUUUUGGAAAUUGCUUAUUUAUUUCCCUGCUCAAAAUUUGGUUUAAAAAAAAAAACCGUUCAUACCCCACUCGUGUCUGUGUGGUUAAUAUGAAGCUACGGCAAACGAACUGUUCGCUUAGUUUAGCGUAAAGAGUGAAAAUGGAAUGACAGUCAACUAUUGAUAUUUUUAUUAUUGGUACAUCUCCCUAUAGUAUAUUUGGUCUAAAAAAAAAAAAGUAAUCCCAUCACAGUUUACUACAGCUGUCUAAAAUAUCUUUUUUUUUUCAACCAACAGUCCAAAACUGUGUUUUUAGAUAUUUGUUUUAUUUUUUAAUGCCACGAAAGACAGAAAAAGCAGUAUCAUGACAGUUCCUGAUUUCACCUCUGGAACAAAGCCAGGGUAGCUGUUUCCAGUAUUUAUGCUAAACUAAGCUGGUUGUAGCUUCAUAUGUAACGUACGUCUGAGAAGUGAAGUGAUCUUCUCAUCUGCUGUCACAUAAGCAACAAAGCUCAUUUACAAACCUCACUGCAGUAAAGCCUCGGUGCACGCUGCACUGCGAACACACCAGCUAUGUAAGCUGAAUGUAAUUUGACAUUUCUUUAAACUUUGGCCCGCUACAUCAUGUCGUCCUGCCUGAGUCAACUCUAGGAUUGAUAUCCAACUUGUGGCCUCAUCGAGUGUUCUGUGUUCUCUAUGCUGGUAGUUAAUUGAAUGUGUUCUCCAGAUUUUGCAGGAAUGUCAAAUACAGUUUGUGCUGGGUUUCUACCCAUUAAGGGAAACAUAGGGUCAGAAAAUAUUUGUUCUUACUUCAACCCAUUAUGCCUUCAAUAUGAAAUUAAAAUUUUAGAUAUGUAUUUGUUUAUAAAAAAGUAAUUUUAAUAAUCAAGCAUGUUCUUUAUAAAGAAUGUUUUCCUGAUGAGUUGAAUUAUAUAUUUUGUGUUAAUGUUUAUGUGCAAACCCCUAUGGCCCUGAUAUAUUGUAUGUUUUGUUAGAAUGGACGCCCAGGGACAGUUGAAUGACAACAUUUAAGACUUGUUUCUUGUGACUGUGAUUUGAUGGACAAAACAGCCGCGUCUGUUGUGUAGUCGGUUUGUGUGAAACACAGUGCCUUUAUCAUAUUUGAAAAUAUGUUUAUUGAACCAAUCCAUGCUUUUAAUGUAAGUUUUUAUUUCCAUUCAGUCCUUUUUCCUGCAGUCAUGCUUGCUCACUUCUGUUCUGAUACAUCCUCUGCUGUAAAUAUGUAUAUUAUCAUUUCAUACUUGUCUUCAGACCUGCAUCACAUGAUCAUGGUGUUUUCUGUUUUACAAAGGUUAAUGCCAGGAUGUCACUGUGCUGUUCCACUUGUACAUUUCUUUUACAAAGGUACUUCAUAAUAAAGACGUUGAAUGAA